AACGGCCUCCAAGAAAUCCCUAAUCUCUUUGGCUGUGUUUGAUUUUCGUGGAGGAGCGCCAAAAAAAGGGUUGCCUGACAGUUUUGGUUAUUUCUCGUUCCCCCAUCUUCCCAUACAAGCACACAGUGGAGCCAUCGCCCAAUCAUCAGGGACUUUGUGUUAGCGCCUCAUGUUUUUGGACUGGAUAGCUCAGCUACAAUUGCUGCAGCAUGACUCACAAACCAAUAUUCUUGGGUCGCUUCCGCUGUCCAUUCGAAGGACGCUGAUAUCAGAGAUUACGUCGUACCUUCAUCCAGCGCAAGGGAAACAAGCACCUGAUCCUUCCAUCUUUGCUUCGCCUGCUCACGUAAAGUGGUUUAUGGAAGUGAUUGGCCAAGGGUUCAAUCUUCCACUGGAAGAUAUGCACAUUACCACCGACGACGUGAAUAUUUAUGCGCAAUGGCUGUUUGAACCCAAUAAACGACCAGCCGCCGUGGUAAAAGACGGCCUGGAACAAGAAUUUUAUCAGAUCAUCUUUCAUCAAUACUCACUUCUCUUUCAACCUCGCAUCGCUCGAUCCCACCAUCACGCGACACCUCCAGCCAAACCCUCCGCACACGCCAAUCCAGGCAAUCGUCCCACCAGCUUUCAUAUCAAUGUCACUCCUCCCGUCAAUGUGCAUAACAACGUCGUCCCCGUGACAUUGCUGCCCAUGAACAAUGGCAGCUCCACAUCCCCUUCGCUGCAGAACAAUGCAUCGAAUCUGCUGAAAGAAACUCUGUCGCACCUUGUCCUACGUCAUAUCGAGCUGUGCAAAAAGACCUUGAAUGUGUUUGCUACAGCAGGACGCACGCUAGACAUGACUCCCGAAACGUGGACAGUGUUACUGAAAAUUAUGCUAGGUAUCGCGGACGUCUUGCUCAAGGAGCCCAUGGGGGAUACCCCCAUGCCCGGCGUUCUUAAUAUGGGUGACGAAUUAUGCGAUCACCUACUGAGGGUACUUUUUGAGCUGUGGCUCCGAUCGACGAACAUGGAUGUGGAAAUGUGGGAUAUAUUAAAGAGUUGCUUUAUGCGGUGGACCCAUCGACCUAAAGCGAUCAAACAGUGGAGCUCCACUUCGCUGUCUCUUACCAACCGUAUCACCCAUCUUCUCUAUGGCACGCAACACGGAACCGAUGUAUCAGCGUUGACCGUGAACGGGGUCAAUGUCAAGAUCGAUUUGCCCAACGAAUUUGUAUACUACGCUUGGCACCGCAUGCUUUACCUGAUCCCGCAUCCACUUCAACUUUCAUCUGCCAAUUUUACCUUGGCCAUGCUGGGAAUCGGUCAGCUCGUCGAUACAUUAAAUGCAGUCAAUGAUCGCUCUUCCGUGCAGAUUAUCGAAGGCCCUUUUCCCAGCAACGGAAACACCAUAUUACACAUGUUUGCUCCCAUUCUCUUUGAUGCAUGUUCCAUUGCUGCUCAGGCGGAUCUUGAAUCGCAACGUGGUUGCGCAGAGGCAUUUGGCAUCUUGUGCAGAAUCUUUCGACAGCCUCAAACCGAUCAACCGUUUCUGCGUACGUACACUGAACGAUUUUAUGCUGCGCUCUGUGUGGGGCUGAAAUCGGACGCUUGCUUGCCCACCAUUCUUGUCAACUGCACCGAACUCUUUGCUGCCGACUUGGAAGGCAUACGCAUGCUUGUUCCCGAUUUUAUCUCUGCGAUCAAAAUGAUUUUACCUAAGCUUCAGAUCGAGUGUCAAAACGUGCCCGUGGAUGAAUUACGAUUAGCCGCUAUCAAAGUGAUCAGUACCAUCAUGUGUUUCCCGAAUCAUUUUGAAAAAGUGCAGCUGAAACCUGGAUGGGAUUGGGAUCUCCAGUGUACACCCGACAGCGCUUCUGUGGUUGGCGAACAGGAGCAAUUGGUGACUCAAUUGAUUCGCGUCCUAUACGAAGAACAUUCUCAAGAAGAUGCCGAACGCCCUUUUACUAGUCUCAAGUUUUACAUACUGGAGCUUUUGCUCAUGUCCUUACGGACCGAAUCCUCCUCUUAUAAUAUGCGAUUCCUACUUCAUCUCAUCAAUGUUUACGUGAUUGAAGAUGUUCCUUUCUGUCCUGGGCUCGUCGGCACCGUGGUCAAGCUAAUUCAAGAAAAGAUUUUGACCAUGCAAUUACCGUCGGAUGUCACCCUCGUAGCUUUCGACGUGUUGAUGGAUUUCGUCGAUCUCUAUGAUUAUGUCAAACGUGAUAGUAAGAAUGUUGCACGGGAACUUGUUUUGGCUCUGUGUCGUUAUGUCGAUACCUUGAUCGGGGCCGGGAAAUUGAAUCAAACGUAUCCUCUGAUUGUGCAAGCGUAUGAUUGUAUGAUUAAAUGGAUCCUGGUGAGCCACUGGAUCAUUGACGAUCGGGAUUGCUAUCAGGCAGUGAUUGCUACUUUGAGCAAGGGAAUUACCAUCUUUGACCGCGAUUAUGAAACACCAGUCAUUGGUCAUCAUGAGAGCAAUCCUGAAAAGAAGAAGCGACGCGAUACAACCUUCCCACCUACCAAGCAGCUGUUCCAGCUUCCGCCACGAUCCAAUAAAGCGGCCGCGACCCCAACCACAGCCGCCCACACCGGUCAACGGAACGGUCCUCACACGCAUAAGAAAGAGGAGAUCGCAGUACGUAUGGCCGCAGAAUACUGCAUGUCACAAUUCGUCAAUCAGUUGGGAAAAUUUCCUUUGGAAAAAGAGCAUGGGUCAGCGAAUCGCAGGUCGAGUUCGUUGGAUGAUUUGCAAUACAUCAAAUAUCGCUGUGCACAACAACAGGCGGACAACGACGAUAAUGGCAUCAUCAUCGAUGUUAUGGAAGAACAGUGGCAGCUUCACGAUUGCGUUCGCUACUUUUUGAUUGACAAUAGAAUCAUCCUGGCGCUCGUGGAUGCUAAGCCCAAAGCCGUUGCCGAUGAACAUAUCAACACUGUCCCUGCCAUGACAGUCAUUCUUCGCGAUACUACUGGCAAAUACAUAUGGACGAUGGAAACCCAAUAUAAGGAUCGACGACUGUUGUCCGCAUACAGCACCCCGAUGUCCUCAUCACCCGCGCCGGUCGAUGCGUCGGCCGAUGUAGGAUACAAACUUCGUCAGUUGCCCACAGAAACCGACCGCCUGGUGAAUCCCGUUACCAUCUCUACGGCGAUCGCUGUAAAUGAGGCCGAGUUGCCAUCUAUAGAAACCAUGUUCGAAUGUAACAGCACCGCGUGGAAGCAAUGGCAUAUGGUGAAAUCGCUGGCCGAACGUCAAAAAGCAGCAGAGCGCCAAUCCAUGACUCGUCAAUCAGACACUCCUUUGCGCGAUUGUCAUGUGAAUCCGCCCAACCCAAAAAUUGACCUGGAAAAUGCAAGAGGAUUCCGUUUGCUCUUAUCGCAACUCGGAUUGCUCAAACCGCAAAAUCGGAAAUAUGUCACCCCGUUGCGCAUCACUGAUGUCGUUAUUUCAGAAAUGGAAACUUUGGAUCUGCUCAAUGAACGCGAUUGUAUUUCUAUUUCAGCUUACUAUGCAGCCUCCGGCAAUAUUUCUUGGUCAGAACUCAUUGAAAAACCACCCGUUCUAAAGAAGCAAUUCUUGCAAUUCCUCAAUUGCCUAGGGUGGCCUAUCAAUAUGGGAAAACACCGAGGAUUCAAAGGCAAACUCGAUCGAGCCAUUUGUCAUACGACGCCGUAUUAUUGUGAUCGUACGAUCGAGUUUUUGGUCAAUGUACCCUACUUCCUAAACGAACCUCCUGCAGACGAUGUAACGUGGGGUACUACAAAGACAAUCUCAAAAAUCCAUCAACAAGUGACUUCGGAUGAUCACGUUUGCGUUAUUUGGAUCGAGGAUUUGAUGGGUUAUGAGCAACUUGCCAAGCGCAUUAAAACUCACAGUCUCAGCACGUCCAAAGCCAUGGUCUUUAUCUUUGUAAAUCCUCUCAAAAACAGCGGAAAUGGACUUUACUGGGUGCGCAUCUUGAUCCCCACUGCUGGCAAUAAUGCGGUAUCGACCAUGGCCAGUCAUCGCUUAAGCGAAAAUGCAUUGAUAUUCGGUCCUCUUGUGGAUGGCAUGAUCGUGAGUCGGCAUGCUUUGGGGACCAUGAUCCGCAACACGUCCAUUUCAGCGCAUCAAGCCUGCCGCGUGGUCACUGACACUUAUACCAGACCUUAUGUCAUCCGAAAACAGUUUAUCGAGGAAAUGGCACAUCGUCACCGCAUGAAACUACCUCUAUCAGAAUUUUAUACCGAACUAUUUACUGACAAAGAUCAAUAAUAUUCUUGUUAUUCUGUUUUACGUUUUAAUCACCCACAUAAUUCCAUUCUAUUCAUAGUAAUCAAUCCUCUUUUUUUUUUAUCAAAAAAAUCAACAAAUCUAACUAUAGCCUUCUGCCGGGAAAAGGGUAAUUGUUCUGUGAUGGCCUGAUCGGAGGGGGGACAUCCCCGCGCCAAAAUGACUCAAAUUUGGCUCCGAGGAUUUCCACUCAUGGACUCGAUUUACAUAAGUAAGAAGUCCGCAACAGUUUGAUCGCUGGU